AUGGAGCAGCAACAACUGCAAAAGGCGUAUCUCACCUCCCGGAGGACCACGAUGAUUACCGCGCUGGGUCGGGCAGAGGCAUUUGUGGCUGAUUUCGACGAGCAACGCGACCAAGGGCAGGUCGCAAUUCGGCUGGAGUACCUGAACAACAUGUGGACAACGCUGGAGGAGGUGCAAGGGCAGUUGGAGGACAUUGAGUGUGGUGAACAAGCCUUCCACAAGUUUCAUUCCUUGAGAGCAGCUCUGACAUGCGAAGCGGCUCCGCUCAUUGCGUCCCUUGCGAGUUGCUCAGCGAAUUACAACCUGGCUUGGCAAACAUUGGUGCACAUGUACGCCAGUGAAUACCUGUUGAAGAAACGGCAUCUCCAAGCACUGUUCGAAAUCAACUCGCGUCACACCAAGAUCCUGUGUCAACUAGGUGAACCAACGGAGUCCUGGAGCACCAUCCUAGAACAUCUAUUGUGCACAAAACUCCCUGACGACACGCUGAAAGCCUGGGAAGAGUACGCAUCAACCUCUAGCAACCCGAACUACGACUGCUUGAUCGAGUUUCUUCAGCGUCGUAUGCGCGUUUUGGAGUCCAUUCUGGUGAACCAUCAUCAACCCGCAUCCGUUCCAAACGUGUCAUCUCAUUCCUCCAAAAGGGCUCCCAAUUUCCGUGUAUCAUGUGCUUCUACUUCCAAUUCCGCCUGCAAAUGUCCAGCUUGCAAUCAAGAUCAUCCGCUUAUGAAGUGUGCAAGGUUCAAUCAGCAGUCUCAUUCCGAACGGCUGCGUUUCGUAUCGAGCAAGCACCUGUGUCACAAUUGCCUUAAAAGUGAUCACAUUGCUCGUAAUUGCUCAUCAACUUACAGCUGCAAGCAUUGCCGUAAACGCCAUCAUACGAUGCUGCAUUCCGGUGACGUCACUAGAUCUGUAAACGAUUCGCCUUCCACUCGCACGUCUAUGUCGACGCAAGCUAUUCAGUCUGCUGCUUCAUCCGUUGCGGAAUCAGUUCCCCGAUCAUCCGUCGUAAAUGUUGAAGAGUGUUCCAGAGUCGUUGCCAGUGCCUCCGCUCCACAAUCUCGAGAAGACGUUUUUCUGCUGACGGUACUGGUGAAGGUAGUCGAUGCAUACGGACAAGACCACAUAGCACGUGUUCUGCUCGACAGUGCCUCUCAACCAAAUCUCAUCACGGAUCGUCUGGCACGACGAUUGCACUUGAAGCGGACUUCUGUGAACGUGACAAUUCAGGGAGCUGGAAAUACUUCAAAGAAAGUGAAGGAAUCAAUCUUUGCUCGAAUCAAAUCGCGGAACGACAGUUUUGAAUGCGGUGUGGACCUACUGUUAAUGGAUACCUUGACUGCAGAUCUUCCAGCACAAGAUAUAUGCAUCGCAGACUGGCAGAUUCCUCAAAAUUUGUCAUUGGCCGAUCCCAUGUUCAAUAAGAGCCAACAGAUUGACAUGGUUCUGGGCGCAAAACACUACCACUCUUUCUUUCCAAGUACUGCUCGUCUUCAGUUGGCCGACAAUCUUCCGACACUGGUAGACAAAGCGUUUUCGGUUGGGUAG